ACUGUCGGCGCCACCGAUGCCAACGACAAUCGUGCCAGCUUCUCCAACUUCGGCCCAGUUGUUGAUGGUUUCGCCCCAGGUGUCGAUAUCAAGUCUGCUUGGAUCGGUAGCCGCACCGCCACCAACACCAUCUCCGGCACUUCCAUGGCCUGCCCUCACGUCGCCGGUCUCGCAGCUUACCUCAUCGGCCUUGAGGGCCCACGCUCACCUGCUGCUCUUGCCGCUCGCAUCAAAUCUCUUGCUACCACUGGUGUUAUCGUCAACGCUGGUGCCGGUAGCCCGAACACCCUUGUGUACAACGGUUCUGGACAGUAG